AUGGACCAGAAGCGUUCGGAAAAGGCAGGCAGCCACUCCACGGCCGACAGCGUGUUAUCGGCGCUGUCCCAGAACCCCAGAAUCUCCUCCCACAUCUCGGAAUCCUCGAGGGACCUGUCUUGCAGGAAGGCCCCGCAGAGUCCCGCCCGCAGGGGCAGAGAGGCGCACCCCACCACCAUCCUGCUGUGCAAGUCGCAGAGCAGCCAGGCCGCCCUGGCGCCGCAGGAGCACCAGGCAUUCCUGGAGAGGGCCUGCACUGCAGCAAUCUGCUUCAAGAUGCUGCGAGACCUGAGCAGCUCGGACUCCGCCCACCUGAGCUCCACUGUCAAGAAGAUCAAGAGCAUGGCCCACGAGGCUCCCGGCCUGGUGCUGGAAACCAUCCACGACUACUUCAAGGACAACCCCGAGGUCUCCAGCUGGCACAAGCUGCGGCUGUUCCACGUCCUGGAGACGGUCAUCGGGGUCAGCGACUCGCUGGAGGAGAGCUGGGAGAAGGCCUUCAUCAAACUGGCCCUGGAGAACAUGGCCAAGUCCACGGAGCUGAAAGAGGCGUACCAGGACGCGGCCAGCAACCUGCUGGUGGCCGUCUGCAGGCACUCCUGGCGGCGGGUGGCCCGGCACCUGGAGACCGAGGUCCUGACGGGCGUCUUCCCCCACCGCAGCCUCCUCUACGUGAUGGGCGUCUUGACCUCUCCACAGGGACCCCUCAGCCAGGCCGACAAGGCGAGCUGGGAGGAGCAGCUGAGCAAGAUAGCCGCCCAGGCGGUCCCGUUCCUGAACUCGGAAGUCUGGUCCAAGGAGCUGCUGUGGGCACUCACCAAGCCUGACCAGACCCACCGGGAGCAGCCCCCCGAGAAGGCCUUCCUGUUCGUCUUCUACGGGCUGAUCCUCCAAGCGGAGGCCGACGGUGCCACGGUCAGGAGGCACCUGCAGACCCUCCUGGAGACCUCCCACCGCUGGCCCAAGCAGAGGGAGGGCAUGGCCCUCACGGUGGGGCUGGCCGCCGCCCGCCACCUGGAGGACGCGUGGGCCGUCCUGGAGCACUUCGGCCAGAGCGACCCCAUCAAGUGCAGCCUGCACAGCUUCUCCCCUAAGGGCCCGGCCUCGGAGGACCUGCGGUGGAAGUGGGCCAGCAGCACCAUCCUCCUGUCCUACGGGCAGAUGGCGGCCAAGGCCCAGGCCCGCAUCCUCCCGUGGGUGGACAGCAUCUUGUCGAGGAUGAUCUUCUUCUUCCGCUACAGCUCCUGGAACGAGAGCCUGAAGCAGAGCUUCCUCACCGCCGUGCUCAUGCUGGUGGAGGCCGUCAGCCUCAGCGGCGGCGCCCACAGCUGCCGGCUCUCCCAGCUGUCCGAGCUCCUGGAGUGCCUGAUGGUCCUGCUGCAGAAGGAACCCAAGGACGCGCUGUGCACGCCGGCCCGCCAGCAGGCCAUCCGUGUCAUCUCCAGCCUCUGUAGGCUGAGGCCGCCCCUGGACCUGGAGAAGAAAUCGCAACUGCUGUCCACCUGCCUCCACAGCGUGCUGGCCCUGCCGCUGCUGGACGUCCUGGAGAGACACACCUGCCUCUUCCUGGAGCCGCCCAACAUCCAGGUGCGGUCCGGCGCCCGCGGCCCCUCGCGGAGAAGGCCCUCGGGCAGGGCCUCCGGCUCCGCCGCUGCGCACACCUCAGAAGGGAGCUGGUGCCGGUGGGUGCUGGCCACCUGCCAGGCCCUGGGUCUGCCUCUCCAGCAGCAGAUCGGCGAGCUCAAGGGAGCCCCCCGGGCGCCCAGGGAGCUGAUGGCCAGCACCCAAGGGCUCUGCUCCAGUGGGCUCCAGUGGGGAACCCUCUACGACGAGACGGCGGAGGCCCUGGACCAGCUGCUGCAGACCUUCCUCAUGGAGAACCCCACGGCCGACGAGCUGCACUUCCUGCUGUCGCACCUGCUCACCUGGCUGGCGUCGGACAAAGCGCACGAGCGGCAGCGGGCUGUGGACAGCUGCGUCGGCCUCUUCAGGUUCCUGAGCCACAACCGCUGCCUGGACCCCAAGGACGACUUCAAGCGGCCCGGGCAGCUGGUGGCCAUGCUGGGGGCCCUGUGCCAGGACCCGGACAGGGCCACCCAGGGCUCCAGCGUGGAAGGGCUGGGCCAACUCUACCAGCUCCUGAGGCGCCAGAGGGGUGAGCUUCUGCGGCCGGCGCAGCAGACGCCGCCGGAGCGUCCCCAGACCAGCAUGGACGGAGCCCUGCUGUGGAGCAGCGGAGACCAGAAGGCCAAGCUCCUCGCCCCCCAGGAGGCGGUGUUCCCGAAGGACCGACUCUUCCAGCUUGGCAGCUCCCAAGUCAUCAAGGAGGUCACCAAGUAUCUCACACCGGCGGAGCUGACCGACCUCAUCUGGACCACCGUCGAAGGCCUGGGCUCCACCAGCCCCUUCCGCGUGCAGGCGGCCGCCAGCAUGCUGCUCACCGUCAUCCAGGAGCACGGGGCCCAGCUGGAGACCGUGGCCAACCUGGGCCAGGCCAUCCACCUGCAGCUCAGCUCUGUCCGUGUCCCCCAAGCCAAGGCCGACGUCCUGCUUGCCAUCACCCUGCUGGCCCGGAACCACACCCCCGAGCUGGUGGCUACCUUCCUGGACUUCUCCACACCCCCCGACAGCCACACCUUCCAGCUGUGGAGGGCCCUGGGGGCGGAGCUGUCCGGGAGCCGCAGGGUGCUGGCCACGCUGCUGGCCUGGCUGCAGGACAGGCCGCUGCCCACCCAGACCAGUGACAGCGGCCCCCCGCCUAAGGAGAAGACCCACCUGCGCUCGAUGGCGGCCAUGAACACACUGUGCAAGCUGCAGCUCACCCGAGAGUUCAAGGACACGGUGCAGGAGGCCUACCCCCAGCUCCUCCUGGCCUUCCUCGCCCAGGUGCACUACAUCUUGGAGCUGCACCUGCCCAGGGAGCCCCCGCCCAGCCAGAAGGCCCAGGAGGCGGCCGUGCCCAGCCCCCAGAGCUGCAGCCUGUCCCUGGAGGCACUGAGGAGCCUGCUGGCCACCACGGGCCCCUGGCAGAGCUUCGCCCAGCUGGAGCUGCAGGACGCCUGGCGCCUCUUCGCCACUGCGGACACCUACCCGAAGGGCGUGGGCCUCCUGGCCAGGGCCAUGGUGCAGGGUGCCUGCGGGCAGGUCAAGGGCGUGACCCGCCAGCUGCUGCACAGCCUGCAGAGCCCGGAGGGGCGGGAGAGGAAGGUGGCCAUCCUCAUCCUCAACGAGUUCCUCCACAGCCCCGCCCUGCUGGAGGUGCUCCCCGAGCAGGACGCCCUGACCCUGCUGGCCCAGAGCCUCAGGGACCCCAGCCCUGAGGUCCGGGCGCUGAGCCUGCAGGGCCUGAGCAACAUCCUCUUCCACCCCGAGAAGGGGAGCCUGCUCCGCAGGCAGCUGCCGCACUUCCUCAACGGCUUCUUCCGGAACGGCGAGCGCGAGGUGGUGCACCUCAUGGGCACCGUGUCUGAGGUGCUGCACCGCCUGGGGGCGCAGGGCGCGGGGGCCCAGAGCCUCUCGGUGGCCGUCAACACCCGCUCCUUCUUCGACGACGAGCGGGAGGGCAUCCGGGCGGCGGCCAUGGCGCUGUUCGGGGACCUGGUGGCAGCGACGGCGGGCAGGGAACCCAGGAGCCUGUGCACCCAGGUCCACCAGAGCCUGGUGCCCCUGCUCCUGCACCUGAAGGACCGCUGUCCGGCCGUCGUCACGCAGGCCAAGUUCGCCCUCUACCGCUGCUCCCUGCUGCUCCGCUGGCGGCUGCCACACACCCUCUUCUGCACCCUGGCCUGGGAGAGGGGCCUCAGCGCCCGCCACUUCCUCUGGUCCCGUCUGCUGACCCAGGGGCAGGAGGAGUUCGGCAUCCACUUGUCACAGGCCCUCAGCUACCUGCACAGCCGCCAUCACCACCUCAGGACCUGGGCGGCGCUCUUCCUAGGUUACGCCAGCUGCUACCACCCCCAGGCCGUGUCCCAGGUGGUGAACUCGGGGGACGUGAAGCUGCUGUGCUCCACUUUCAAAGGUCUUCAGAAGGACCCGGAGCCCGGCCUCCAGGAGUUCGCCACCAGGCAGCUCAGCCUCCUCCCACGAGUGGCGGCCGGCCAGGAGUGA